CAUAAUAGCAAGAGUGAUCUAACCUUCUACAUCCCGAUAUUACCGCUUUCACAACUGAACAAGGGAACGACUAAUCUUUAGCAAAUUUUAAGUGGAUUUCUGUGAUCAGGACCACUAAACAGCCAUGGAAGAACUUACAGCUUUCGUUUCCAAAUCUUUCGACCAGAAAACCAAGGAGAGCAGCAAGGAGAGUAUCACGUACAGGGAAGUUUUGGAGAGUGGCUUAGCGCGAGCCAGGGAACUGGGGAACUCGGAGACCAACCUUCAGGACAUUACUGAGACCAGCAACCACUGUCCUGUACACCUAUUCAAAGAACACGUCGAACUGGAAAAGGAAAAACUGAAGGAGUUUAAUGUUACAAGAGCUUCUGAAGGGAUAUAUGACUGCAAGGAGAAGAAGGAGGAAGUGAAAUCCGAGGAUGAAGAUGCACAAAGCAAACUGAAACAGAGACGGAGUAGAACAAAUUUUACGUUGGAGCAACUGAACGAAUUGGAAAGACUGUUUGAUGAGACCCACUACCCAGAUGCCUUCAUGAGAGAAGAGCUGAGCCAAAGGCUGGGACUGUCGGAAGCCAGAGUGCAGGUUUGGUUUCAAAACAGAAGAGCUAAAUGUAGAAAACAAGAAAAUCAAAUGCACAAAGGUGUUAUCCUAGGGACCGCCAGCCACUUAGACGCGUGCAGAGUCGCGCCCUACGUGAAUAUGGGAGCGCUCAGAAUGCCUUUUCAACAGGUACAGGCUCAGCUACAGCUGGACGGAGUAACACACUCCCACCCUCACCUGCACCCUCACCUGGCGGCCCACGCUCCUUACCUGAUGUUCCCACCCCCACCCUUUGGACUACCAAUCGCGUCACUGGCGGACUCGGCUUCGGCCGCGGCGGCCGUGGCGGCAGCUGCCAAGAGCAACAGCAAGAAUUCAAGCAUCGCUGACCUCCGACUCAAGGCAGGACUUCUUCAAGGCCAGUGGCUGUGUGCUUUCCGGCCUCAGAUCUCAGCCCCAGGAUCGUACAAAAGUGUCUGGAUGUCUAUCUGAAAUCUGCAUUUAAUACGAGAAGCCUUUUUAAAAAUGGGCGAAAAACAUGCAGAAAAAAGAUUCAACUAGAAUGUCCCUGACAUUUGUUGACAACCCAUGUGGAUGGAAAGGAUGCUGAGGCUUUGGAUACUCAACCUUUGCAAAUAUGCCUAUGUUUGCCUCCAACCACUGUGUAUUCCUGCCUCUUGCCUAGUGCAUGUGUCUGACUAGAGGAGAGACUCUUUGGGGCUGGGCCUCCUUUAUAACUGAUAUAUGUCCAACUAUGUUAAUCACUGCCAUGAGAUCCUUCCACUAUAUCUAUCAUCCUCUGCAAAUAUCUUCCAUUCAGUUUCAUUUUUUCUUUCUUUUGAGAAUUAUGCGGCGGAGACAUAGAAAAGGAGUUAUAGCACAGCUUUAUUUCCUGCAAAUUUAAUCUGUCUCUGCUGCUCUCAAAGGAAAUUUUUGUGUUGCUGUAUUUCUGCUGGGUACGGGUCAGCAGGAUUAUUUCACGUAUUACUCUCAACUUUGCGCUCUUUCCCCCCUUUUUAAAUCGUUAGGCUCCGAGGAAUGGAAUGAAGGUAACCAUUGCACUUCAGGUCUAAUAUCACAUUGUUUACAAGUCAUGUUAUAAGCAGAUACUACUUCUUAAUAAGGGAAAACAAAGAGAUGAAUUUGGUUUGAUAAAAACAUUUAAAGGGACAAAAGGGUAACUGCAAUUAUGUAAUUUAGGGUAUCAAUUAAGAAUCAGUUUAACUGAAAUGCAAAUGUGCAGUUAAGUGCAAUACUGUAAAUAGGAAAAGGGUCAAGAGAGCAGUGAAUUGCUAAAGAAAAAAAUCAGUUCUUGGCACUGAUAUUAAUGUGUUGAGUUUCUUUGCCAAACAAACAUUUUUUAAAGAGAUGUUAAAUUGUAUGAGUCCAUAUACAUAAUCCAUAAUCAUGUGCCAUAACUCAGUUUAGUUUGGAUGAUAUUGACAGUUUUGUGCACAUACAAAAACAACAAUACCUUGUUGAGGUAGACAAGCACACUUUUGUUUCAGGGAUCACUGAUGGAAGCACUAGUCAAAGGAACAGUUCCUAAAUGACAUCCGGUCUAAAGUAUUGACGUGGGUGUAACCAUUUCAAAUUUCAAUGUUUUAUAUGACUGAAGAAAGCCAUAAUUUCAGUCUAAAUCUAAAAGUUUAUUAAACUAUAUUAAACUAAUUAUUAUUAUUAUUAUUAUUAUUAUAAACUCCUAACAGUUACAAUGUCACAAAUAAGUCAUUGCAUAUACUAAUUUUGAUAUACAGCAUUAUUUUGAAAUAAUCCUUAUUUUGUCAACCAAUAUUUUGAAAAUUGCAAAUUUAGGAUAUUAACCUUAUGUUUGGGGAAUCAUUUAUUAUUGCAUGUGCAAGUGAAAUGGAUUAUUAUGUCAAUACUUAUUGUCUCCGAACUCUUCAGUAAUGAUCCCAAUAUUGUCUACCUCUAACAAAACAUUAAAUGUGCAGCAUUCUUUUCAAUACUCAUCUUUACAGUUUUUACACAAUGUUUCAAUUUUUAAUUAAACUCAUGGGUGUUUUUAUUUAUUUUUAUGUUGAAAGUUUAUAAAUGAAAAAGUUUAAUUAUGAGUGUACAUUUUUACAUGGCUUUGCGUUUAUUUUUAUAUAUUGUUUUAAUAUUACUUUGCGACCGUUCCAACAUAAAGUGACUGUUGUACAUUGCUUGCAUUGCAUAUAACAAGUGUGAAUUUACAGACAUUUCAGGGAUGGUAAUGACAAUAUUUUGGUUGUCAGUUUCUGAUGAUCUUUUUCAAACAACUUUAUGUUAAGCACCAUGGAAGUAAAUGUACCGCGGCUUUAUUUUAUUAUGUUCACUUCUUUAUUUUUGUGAAUUAUGCAAGCAUGCUGAAACAUGAUUCAUCUUACGGCUUUGACACAAUGAUUUUUUUCCUGUUGAUUCACACAA